AAAAAGAAAUUCAAACGGCACGAACGCGAUCGAUAUCUCAAUCCAAAGACAUUGUUUGUACACUUAUGUCAUGUAAACAAUAUUCAACUUGUUAAACAUCAACUGAUUUUGAAAUAAAGUGUUUGAAAGUAUUGUGAAAUAAAAGAAAAACUUCAAAAUGGGAUUUCACAUCAAACAGUUUUUUCUCAUGGCGACGCUGGUCGCGUGUAUCUUUGACUCGCGGCCAAUUAACGCCUCGCCGGUGCCGAUACCGGCACGCAGAGCCUUCGACACGUCGCCGGCUGGCGGAAACAAUGUAAACGCGAACGGUGCCCGGCUUCAAGAUGUCGACGCUACCAUCAAAGAGGUCGAAGGUUUGCUAAAUUCAGAUCCGUCACUGCCACGUUUGACACGUGGCGAGAUAUUGGAUAUCAUUGAAAAUUUAACAAGAACUGAUGUUCAGAAAGGGUUAGUAAGAGAUCCUAAAGCUAUCAUGGUAGUGUUACCAUAUUCCGCGGAUAGUGCACAGAAUGGAGAUGUGCAGUCUUUAUACACGAAACCACCAAUGACACAUCUAGUAGAGGAUAGUGAUGAUGAAAGAAUUACCACUAAGCCGGAAGUUCCUCAGAAAAAACGAAGACCUACGAAGAAACCAUAUCAGUCUAACUAUGAAAACAAUCAAGGAGUUAAAAUUGCGAAAGUUCCAACUACCGAAGCUAGUGUUGUGAGUGAAUCAACAAAAGUCAAUGAUCAGGAAGAGUUUCAACAACAGAAGCAGCAACAUAAUACUGAUGUUGUACAGAAGCAAAGAACAACUACAGAGAACCCUUUUACAAGGUUUAUCAACAGAGGGCGAAAGACAACAAAGUUACCGCAUAAUCAUAAACAAGAAAUUUUAGAAUUGGCUCCAAGUACAACUACAACAACCACAACAACAACUGAAGUUCCAAGAACUACCAGAAAGAGGAAAGCUACUAGGAAACCAACUACCACCACUACAACAACAACCACAACAAUAAAACCCUUUGAAUUUAUGCCUAAUCAAGGUAUCAAUAUCAUUGACCCACCUUCGUUUCAACCUAUGCCUGGAAAACCAUCUGUAGUUCAAUUCCAACCAAUUCCAAACAGACCUGCAACAACUUCAACAACAACAACUCCAAGAUACAUUCCUCCGCGUACUACUACCACUACAUCAGUACCUGAAGCUCCAAUUCAACCAAUGAUGGUUGAUGAAGUUCAGAUCCCCGAAGAUUUUAAAGAAGUCCUUAAGAGUUUGGACAUUUUGAUCAAACAAUCUCCUACUGAAGCUCCAGCCACAUUUAAUGACAACCCAGUUCCUGAACAACUUUCUGAACAGGAUAAACUAAAAUUAUUAUUUGCUUCCCUCGGUGUUCAGACUACAACCACCACUACAACAAGCACCACAUCCGAACCUGAUGUCAUGCAGGUUGCCAACAACCUCACACCGGAAAUGAAGGAUUUACUUAUGACAUUUGGAUUGAUUCCGGAUCCCAAUAAAGAUAAAACAACUACACCCAAAGUUGAAAUAUUCAUGGAGCCCAGUUCAGUAAUAAGCCCCGAUUCAUACAGUAGCUUUAAACCGUUACCAGCUGGUUCCAACUCAAACCCCAAUGAAGACAUGGAAGAUUUCCUAGCUAAAUUUGGUCUGGUAGAUAAAAUAAACCACAAAGUAACAACAGAGAACAGAAAGCAAUUUCAAUGUCCAAGCCACAAAACGAACAAAACCAACCCUAUCCAACCAAAUUUAGACGUCAUCCCGGAUAAAUUCAAGGAUAUCAUUGCUGAUAUCGGAUUUCCUAUUAAGAUAGACCCUUCAAAACCUCAAAGUGACGAUCAACAAACCGAACAAAGUAGACCUAAAGAACAAUCAACAAAAAAACCUGAUCAUGUUUUUAACCCUGCAACUUCCGGAACAGAAUACGCUACCCAGGACGAAAUUAAUCGGUUAAAUCAACUUAUGGGUGUAAUAAAACAGUUUGAGAAACUCAAUGGAACUGCAAGUGAGGAGGACCUGAAACAUAUCGACCUUGAUGGCCUGAAAGACUUAGUAAACUCAUUCAAUGUUCCUCUGGAUCAACAAGAAGGUCCAAACCCAUUGGAUUACGAUGUUGGUCUGUUAAAGAAUGAAGUAAAACGUCAAACAUCUACAACUGAAAAAUCCACCGCGCCUAUUAAUCCAUCUUUAGCAUUACUAGAAGAUUCUUUCGGUGGUAAUUCAGAUUCUACAUCUGAAGCAGCCGCUGUGGAAACAACAACAACAGAAGCACCGAAAAAGACAGGCUUUUAUUAUCUUCUUGAUUGGAAUUCAUUCUUUGACAUUGACAAUCAAAAAGGAAAGCGUGUGAAUCUGCGAUUCCAGCCGAAGGUUGGUGAUCCAAAGAGAUUCUUCUCUGUGAAUGUUCCAUAAGAAAACAUUUAAGUUAGUUAUUGUUAUUUAAAUUUGUGGUGAAAUGGGAUAACCGGUUGUGGUCCAAUAUCUCAUUAAGGCGCCUUUAGUUAGCUACGAAAUUGCUCAAUACAUAUUUAUUUUUAUACUUUUUCUUCAAAUUCCAAAUAUGCUAGGGUUUAUCAAGAAAUGUAAAUAAAUUUGUUGUAAUUGUUAUGUUUAUACUGUUUUUGGUAACACCCAGUACAUGUUUUAUAUAAAAAUAAACAAUGCCAGUGCGCAGGAA